CUCAAUCUAGUGAAUUAGGAGUCGUCUGUCUUGUUGUUUAAAGGGUAACCUCAAAGGUUAAAAAGUGUAUCACCCUUGAUUGGAAUAAAAUUAAGUUGUGAUAAAUUAUAUUAUAUUUGUAAAAAUGUCACUUAAGAAACUUUUAGCAUUAGAUAAAUUAGGUACCUUUUUUAGUAUCAUAAAACAAAAUGGUGGUGUAGUUGGAUCUGCUGUUAAACUCUUCAGGAUGGAGGAAUUGAAAACAGGGACUUUGGUUGGCGUGGACAAAUAUGGCAAUAAGUAUUUUGAAAACAACUACUACUUCUAUGGCCGCAAUCGCUGGGUUGAAUACGCGGACGAAGUGUGGCUAGACUACGACGGAAGUCAGGUCCCAGCUGAGUGGUUCGGCUGGCUGCAUUACAAAACCGACCUUCCACCUUUCAAGGACCCUCACAGACCCAAAUACUCCUGGAUGAUAGAUCAUGAAGAGAAUAAGUCUGGAACCCCUGAACAGUAUGUUCCAUACUCGACUACUCCGACCAAGAUAGAAGCCUGGGUUCCACCAAAGCCCAAAGCCAAGUGAACUAACAUCUCUAGCUAGUAGUACAUCUCUUUCUGUAUAUAACUUAAGGAAUAAAGUUGUUUCAGUAGUUU